AUGUGCGGACAGAUGUAACGUCUGCUCCACCUGCCAGAAAGUGAGCCAUACCAACGCUAACCACAGAUCAGCCGCUCAUCAGUCUUCACUGCAGGGUGAUGGUGAUGGUGAUGUGAGGUGCAAGAAACGGGAUAUUUUGCGGCAGUAAUUUUAGCUUUUUGAGUUGCGCCUUGGCUGGAGAUGUGUGUUGAAUCGUAUUGUACAUGAAGCGCGAAGAUUGGGUGUUUCUUCUCAAAGAGGAAGUUCGGGGAGGAAACAAUGGAGGAACACAAUACUUUCAACUUUGUGAGACUCUUAUCAGAUGAGAGCACUGAGUCCAGUCUAUCGCUGGACUCCUGCGAGUACUAUCAGACAGAGAUAUUUGACCAGCUGCCCAGCAUCCAGGCCUGCCGGCCCGAGCAGAAGAGACAGGGUGUAUUGGACGUCUGUGAGGUCCUCCAGGGCGGCCCAGGCGCGGGGGAGAGGCUCAGCAAUGGCCACCUGUCCAGAGGACCCAGAGACACGGCGUCUAUGCAACCACUCAGAAACCUGGCAAUGUGUAUUCAGGCCAAGCGAGAUGCCAGAGAAAGGAGGAAGAUGCAAAUCAACAAUAUUGGUUUUUGGGAGCCCUGGAGGCGGAGCCACAGCGUCAACAGGAGGAGGGUGCUGGCGCAGAUGGGAGGAGCUCUAUCAAGCCUGUUGCCAUGGCAGCACACUCUCCACGCCAUUGAAAGCAGGUUCGGAGUAGGCGUGAAGGCCUAUUUUGUUUUCCUCAGAUACCUGAUUCACUUGAACCUACUGUAUUGUGUUCUUAUCUGGGGUUUCAUUCUGGGGCCUACGACAUUUUAUGGCAGGAGCAACAGCAGUGAACCUUUGACAUUUGGAGGCAAAGACUCAGUUUUAGAUUUCUUCCAGGGAUCGGGCUAUCUGGAUCGUUCUCCGGUCUUCUUUGGCUUUUAUACACGUGGUUCCCUGAAUUUUCCAUGCUUGAAUACUCCUCUGCUGUACUUCGCUGGAAUCCUCACCAUCUUCUUCCUCAGUCUCAUCAUGGUGGUCCGCAGAACGACAGUUGGCUACAAGCACUCCUGGAUGCUCGGGAAGCGUUACAGUGUGAAUGUGAGCUUUAAGAUCUUCUGUGGCUGGGACUUCACCAUCCAGGACCCCGCUGCAGCGACUCACAAACACAGCUUCAUCAGGAACGAUCUCAAGCUGUUCCUGGAGGAGCAGAGUUUCUCCCUGCAUGAGGCCCAGAGGACACUUGGACAGCGGGUGCGUCUCUACUUCAUUAGGUUCAUCCUCAAUAUGAUUGUUCUGUCUCUGCUGGGUGGAGCCUUCUACCUCAUCUCCUCUGCCACAAAAAUAUCCAUGGAAGUGAGUGGGUACCACUGGUUGGUCAAUCUGUUCCUCCAGUAUCUUCCUCCCAUCACCAUCACCUUUGUCAACCUGUUAAUCCCUCACGUCUUCCGUAAGAUUUCGUCUUUUGAAGACUACUCUUUCACCAUGCAGGUGAAUGCCACGCUUGUGAGGAGUAUCUUCUUGAAGCUGGCCUCACUGGGGAUCUACUUGUAUUUCGUUUACACAACACCCGAACAUGUCCAACGUCAGUGCAGUGAAAACCAGUUUGGCAGAGAGAUGUACAAGCUGUGUAUCUUCAACUUCCUUGCCACUUUCUGCGACGCAUUUCUUUUGAACUACCCCAGGAAGUUGGUGCAGGAGAAGUACCCUACAUCCUUGCUGGCCCGGUUGUUGGGAAAACAGCGUUUCCUGAUCCCUUUCAAUGUGUUGGAUCUGGUGUACAGUCAGACAGUGUCCUGGGUGGGAAUCUACUACUGCCCCCUGCUGCCCUUUAUAGGAACUGUCACACUGGUGGCCACUUUCUACAUCAAAAAGUUCACGGUCCUGCGGUGCUGUGUUGCAGAGCACCGACUCUUUCGAGCCUCCAGCUCUUCAGUUUUAUUCCACUUCAUGUUGCUGCUCGGUCUCCUCAUGGCUGCAACCACAGUGGGCGCCAAUGUCUACCAGCAAAAAGUCACGCCGGGCAAUAUGUAUAUGUACUCGCUCUACUGUAACUCCGUUAUUUCGCAGUUUGACACUCCAAACCUGUUGUUCAUUUUCAAUACACCCUGUUUGUUUCUUAAGUUAUUUUUGCACAUUUCUCCAAUUCGUUCUACCUGUUUCCUUUCCAGGUCCUCGUGUGGUCCAUUUGGAAAUGGAGAAACGGUAUUUAAUGUGACAGAAAUGUGUGUGGACAGUCUACCCGGCCUGGCACGGAGCACUCUCCACUACCUGGCCUCUGAGGCCUUCGCCCUGCCGCUCAUACUAGCUGAAAUCAUAAUCUUAACGUCAUAUGUGUCACGGGGACGAGCCAAUCAGAAGGCCAUUGAGAGACUGAAAGACAUGCUGGUUGUGAGUAGUUCAGAUAAGCGUUUCCUGGUGAAACAGCAUACCACGUUGCUCAGACGCCAGAAGCACAGCUGCAGAGUGCGGUCUGCAGCCGCUGGAGAGGACGCUCACCUCGGUCACUGGAAAGACGCCCCCACCACACAUAUAAACUUAAAGACUUCCACGUAGAAAUAAAGCCGUGCUCUGGCUGACCGAUGCCUGGAGGCCUGGGACUGCCUGUAAAUACAAAGUAAAAAGACUGAUGAACUCUCACUUUCGCAGUUACAUAAUAUACAAAUAUAAGAAGUGUAGUUGGUAUGUUUUUCUGCAAAGGUCAGAUUGUCUUUAUUUAAUCUUCAUAUGAUGUGUUCUCUUCAUCUGCAGUCAUUUCAAUGUGACUGUGAAAUUUGAUGAUUAUUCCAUGUUGUUUGUGAGUGUGUUAAGCUCGGUUUUUAUACAAUGGAUAGACAGCGUAUGAACUUUUUUCAGUGUCAAUGAAGAAUUUAUGCACAUGAAUAUACUUGUAGAUUCAUAGACAUAAUAUUUAUAGUUAUGUUCCAAAACGUCACUUUCCAUGUGUUCAGUUAACUGUGAAUGUUUUUCAAAUAUAAUGCUCAUUAAAAACCCUUGAGGA